AUGCCGACGGCCCCGCAAGAUCAGCUGGUGGGGUGUGUGCAUUUCUCCGACACGGCGUCCGAUGCAGGGCGCUACGCGGUCGCCAAGGCUGACAUCUGUCCCGGCGAGCUCCUCCUUCUUGCCGCCCCCUAUGUCGUGGCUAUGAACCCUAAUGAAACGCCGAGCGCGAUGCACAUCGUGGACAAGGUGGACGAGUGGGUGGAUAUUUCCGAGGGCCCACAUCCAGCCAAUGCCUCGAUGGCAAAGCGAAGGAAGAAAAACGGAUUCUUGCUAGCCUCCAUGCGAAAGGGCUACGUGCCUGUCUCCCCCUUCUCAACGCGCUGCUGCAAUUGCCUGCAAGGCAUUGCGGGGGGCAGCUUAUUCCUCAACUACGAGACCAUCCGAUGGGUUUCCGGGAACAUCGCCGCAGAGCACGCCAAACAUGAGGAAGAACGAUGGCUGAAGGAAGGGCGAGGCGCCUCCCAAGGAAGGGCCGUCAGUGUCAGUCCUGACGAGGAGCUGGCUGAAGGCAAUGAUACUGGCGAUGAGAAGCAACAACAGAGAAAGUUGCAGAAACCCACCAAGUUGACGCAGAUGCGCUCCAAGGGGUAUAUGAUGCUGAAGAAGAAGUUGUCAGAGGCCGCCGCGCACCGUCGUGAGUCGGAAAUGCUUGACUAUCAUGUGAAGGCAAUGCAGAUGGAAAAUGCAAAGGCGGCAUCGUGGCCAGAGCGUGUGGUAGAGCGAGAAGUCAGUCUUCCCGAGGCAGUGCUGAAUCAAGGCGUCUGUGGAUGUGCCGGGUGUGGCGUAGUUGUCUACUGCUCCAGAGUAUGCUGGAUGGAGCAUCAUGAGUUGCACCGAACCUCAGGCACGUGCCAAACGCUGCGCAGCGUGUACCCCUCACUCAUCAAGGUCUUCUAUGUGGGCGGCGGAACUCAGUCAAAGUCAAUCGGGACCAAACACGCUUCUCCUGACUCCUGGAGCACAAAGCACUGGCUUCGACGAACUGGCGAAGAUGCUGCAUGGGAGAUGCAGUUUUUGCUUUUGGCUGCAUUGCUAGUGACACGGUGCGCAAAGGAAGGGUUUGCUGCCCACAUGACUGAGGAGACGAACACCAUUUCUGCCAAGGAGAAACCUGGCCAGGGCGGCGAAGAGAGACGAGAAGCCGCCUGCGUUGCCACGGGUCAAGGUGCCACAUACUCAAGUCCAGAAAACGAGGGACAACGCAUUGGUGGCGCUACUUCUGCGGAAUUGCAGAUUACAGCUGCAACGAUGCCGAUUGCCAGGGACUCUACAGCGCCGUACGAGGCGGAAGUAAUUCGUCUUGCACGCCUGCAGUGCGGCGGUGCGGUGGAGGUCAUGGACCCCAAGGCCCUUGGGGAGAAAACAGAAGCCCAUUCCCCAGAAUCGGCCUCACACCUGUACGUUUCCUUGCAGGGACACAUGACAUUCGGCAUAUGUGGCAGGAACGAGGCGACGCACGUUGUUCGAUCUCCACGAUGGAUGGAUGCUGCCCGGCUGGUUACAAACCUUUCCGUGGUGAGUAAGGAGUCUCGCCGCAAGUUUCGUUGCAGCUACCGCCGCUUUACCAAAUUGGUUCUGCCUUGGUUGGGAGCAGAUGCUGGUACGGAGGCCGGACUGACGGUUACGGUCGACUUUUUUGAUCGCCUGUGUGCCGCAGUGCAGUGCAACAGCUUUGGUCUUUUUGACACUGACGGUAACUGCAUCGGCGUCGCACUCUACCCGGAGGCCUCGUACUUCAACCACAGCUGCAGCCCAAACGUCUGCCGCGUCACGUGUCGUGGCCGGCUUGCGGCAUUUUAUGCGCUUCGAGGGAUACAGAAAGGGGAGCCGCUUACCAUUUGCUAUGUGGAUGUUCAAGAGACAUCGACUGCGGAGCGCCGCCGCCUGCUUCUAUCCUCUUACCGCUUUUUUUGCGAAUGCGAACGCUGUCGUGGGGCGACCACCGCAGGACCGGAGAUUCGCCUGUGUGAUGCAUGCGUCACACGUGGCUACAUUGCCCCCGUUCCGCCUCCCGCGGCCGCGUGUUGGGGGAUGGACGCUGUGCGGGAGGGAAUGUGCUCCGUUUGCCAAACCCGUUCGCCAUGGAACCUGCGGUAG